UCAUUUCCCCGGCUUCUGGCGCUGUUUUCUGCUGAGCUGUCACGCAGGGCAGUGCUGCUGGCUUUUUAUCUUUGCAAACGCUGUGUGCUCCUGGCUGGGGUGACCGUGGGAAGGAGAGCAGCGAUGGGCCGGGAAGGGGCAGGGGAGAGAUUGGUUUUGUUGCAGCUCUCUGGCUGCAAGUCAAAGGAUUUUACAUCCUAAUUUGGCAAGUGGUGCACGUGAGGUGCUUUUUCAGGGCUGCUGGCAAGAAAAUGUUAUCUACCUUUUGAAAAACGUUUUGCUGUUUAGUUCAGAAGUAAAUAUCUAUUUGUUGACAAGCCCAAAGAUCAGAUGUAGUGAGAAUUAAGGGGAGGUAUUUUUUUAGUUCGUUUCCUGAGUUGACAUUGGGUGCCGCUGGCAGCUGUUGCUUCAUUUGGCCCUGCCUGAGCUCGUGCACUGCCAGAGGUUUGUGGAGCUUGAAGUGCUGCUGUGUGAGCUGUGCCAGUCGUGUGCUCAGGGCAGGCCUCGGCUUCCCCGGCUGCUCCACAGCCAGGGGCUUUCUUGGAAUGGCAUCGUGGGAGGAGGAUGGCAGAGGAAAUGUCAUCUUGAAAAACAACUGCUCAGAGACACAUAUAAGAUGAGAUCAUUUCACGCUCUUCUUUUGGAAGAGGUGGUCAGAGGAAAUGGAUAGCUAUUUAGACUUUUCUGCAAAGAACCUCUCAUCUUCAGCUAAUAUGUCUCUUUCUGUGCCUGGACAAGCUGGACUCAACACCACCGGCAGUCCCCCUUCUAUGUCAAUAAGCAGGCUUUUCCCAGCCCUGCUGGAAUGCUUUGGAAUAAUUCUUUGUGGCUACAUAGCUGGAAGAGCCAACAUUAUCACAUCAACUCAGGCCAAAGGACUGGGAAAUUUUGUGUCCCGUUUUGCACUCCCGGCUUUACUGUUCAAAAACAUGGUGGUACUUAAUUUUUCUAAUGUGAAUUGGUCCUUCCUGUACAGUGUUUUAAUUGCCAAAGCUGCUGUGUUUUUUUUAGUCUGUGUUUUAACAUUGUUAGUAGCCAGUCCUGAGAACCGAUUUAGCAAAGCAGGUUUGUUCCCUAUUUUUGCUACACAAAGCAAUGACUUUGCGCUGGGAUAUCCAAUAGUUGAAGCUUUAUAUCAAACCACUUACCCAGAGUAUCUCCAGUACAUUUACCUAGUGGCUCCAAUAUCUCUUAUGAUGCUAAACCCCUUGGGGUUUAUCUUCUGUGAAAUCCAGAAGUGGAGGAAUAAUCGCACUGUGUCACAGAGCAAAAUCAAAAUAGUGGGCCUAGCACUCCUUCGAGUUUUGCAGAACCCAAUUGUAUUCAUGGUCUUCAUAGGAAUUGCCUCAAACUUUAUUCUUGGCCAGAAAAUUCCUGAAUACCUUGAAAACUUCCUUGAUGGACUGGCCAGUUCAUUUUCUGGCUCUGCACUUUUUUACCUUGGACUGACUAUGGUGGGACAGACAAAAAAACUGACAAAGGGUAUGGUUGUUGCACUGAUCCUUCUCAUCACAGCUAAACUGCUCAUGAUGCCAUUUCUCUGUAGAGAGAUGGUGGAACUCUUGGACAAGAGUGACAGCAUGGUCAAUCACACCAGUUUAUCAAACUAUGCAUUUCUUUAUGGAGUUUUUCCAGCAGCACCUGGUGUCGCAAUAUUUGCAAGUCAAUUUAACAUGGAAGUAGGAAUUAUUACCUCAGGCAUGGUGAUAAGCACGUUUGUGUCUGCCCCCAUAAUGUAUGUUUCUGCAUGGCUGCUGACCAUCCCAUCCAUGGACCCCAACCCACUGGCAGUUGCACUGCAAAACGUCAGCUUUGACAUCAGCAUCGUCAGCCUCAUCUCUCUGACCUGGUCUCUUACUGUUGUUGUUCUGAGUAAGAAAUACAAACAGAUUCCUCAUAUGAUUACAACAAAUCUACUUGUUGCUCAGUUUAUUGCUUGCAUUGGAAUGGUGGCAUGGAAUUUCACUGUUAAAGAGAAAGACAUCACCAUCCAGAUCCUCGUAUUUAUAUUCCUCUACAGCUCACUUUAUAGCACCUACCUAUGGACAGGUUUUCUAUCUUUUUCUUUGUUUCUAUUGAAGAAGAGGGAAACAGUAAAGAUUCCCAUUGGGUUUAUCAUCAUAGCUGGAUGGGGAAUCCCAACAGUUCUGGUAGGAAUCUUACUAAUUGUUGGUGAAUGUAACAACACUAGUAUUGACUCUGCCUUUUUCUAUGGAAAGCAUCAGAUAAUUACCACAGCAGUGAUACUGUUGAUCAGUAUAUUGAUGUCAGGUAUCUCACUGAUGUGCAUGAACAGAAGUAGGCAAGGAUCCAGCUAUGGGGUGUUGAACCCAUACUCACCACGUAGCUCAGUGGAGGAGGUUGAAGUGGAAGGGAGUAGGCAGAAUCAUAUUUCAGCCACUAUGACUCAGUCUUCUCCAGAAUCUUCUGCACAGUCUUCUCCAGAAUCUUCUGCACAGUCUUCUCCAGAAUCUUCUGCACAAUCUUCUCCAAGAUCUUCUGCACAGACAUCUGCAGAAAGAGGUUGCUGUUCUUGUCAAACAACAAAUGGUGAAUUAUCCUGUGCUAAAGACAGCAAAGCAGUGUCAAAUGCUGUUGAAAGCAAGGUUCCUCCAAUUGAGACAGUGGAUCAAUGUAUGAGUCACUGCAGUGCUCAAACAUGUGUGUUGGCUCAGGAAGAACAGAUUCUACAGACUGGAGACAAACAGCUGGCCAGACAUGUGCUGCUGUGCUUGCUUCUUAUUGUUGGCCUAUUUGCUAAUCUCUCCAGUUGCUUGUGGUGGCUGUUCAACCAAGAGCCUGGAAGGUUGUAUGUGGAAUUGCAGUUCUUCUGUGCUGUGUUUAAUUUUGGUCAGGGCUUCAUUUGCUUUGGUAUUUUUGGCUUAGAUAAGCAUUUAAUCAUUCUGCCAUUCAAGCGAAGACUUGAGAUUUUCUGGGGUGGAAGAGAAGCAGCAGGGCAUACAGAUGCCACUGUACCUGAGGAAAUCAGGAUGACCUGUCAACAGUUUGUUCGUUAUCAUAGAGAUCACUGUGUCAAAAGUAUUGUCAAAGGCAGAAGGUGUGGUGCAAAGAUCUCCACUGGCAUCUUCUUUGGCUGUGACCUGGUGAACUGGCUCAUGCAAGUCGGCCUUGCCUCUGACCGCGGAGAAGCUGUGGUGUAUGGGGACAGGCUGCUGAAGGGAGGCGUCGUGCAGCACAUCACCAACGAGUUUGAGUUCCGCGACGAGUACCUGUAUUACCGCUUCAUUCCCAAGAGCCGCUGAGCUGGGCACGCAGGCACAGGACAGGUAGUUGGGAUUUCUAUUACAGCUACUUUUGCAUCUAUUUUGUAUUAAGAAAUAAAAGUGAUUUUAGCAGCAUAAGCUACUAUUCAACAAGCAGUUGUUUUAUGGUUGCUAUAAUUCCCCACAAGACUUAAAUUGAAAACAUAAUUCGUUUUACUGUCAGUCUGAUUGCAGUGUGCACAGAAACAUAACAUCCUUCUGCUUAUGUAUGCCGUACAACCUGGUAUAUUUUAAUGUUUUCCAUCAACAAUAUAAUUGAUGUUUUUAUCAGGCUGUGGCCACAAAAGAAAAUGUUUGUGUAUUUCCAUUAUGAAUGUUGAAGACAGCUGCAUCAAAUAUUUUGGAAUAAUUAGAUAUAUGUGACUUAAGAGCAGAAAUUGCAAGUAUGUCUGGCUUCUAAAUAUUGCAACUUGUCAAUAAAUCUGUUACUUGAUUUCAGA